AUUGCGCAUGCGUGCAUGUAUUAUUUACAUCCGGUGCCGGUGCGUGGUUUCUUGCUAUAAAAGUGUCUUACAAGUUAUGAGAAAUAUGCGUGGAGGUCGUCCAUUCCGUCGUGGUCGUGGAGGCCCUCCCAUGAGAGGGGGUAUGAUGCGAGGAGGCAUGAUGGGAUUUAAGCCUUCACCGCCGUUUAGAGCAUUUAUUCCACACAUUCCAUUUGAUAUGACACAGUGUGAGACCAACUUUCCACAAGCCAGGACAGUUCAGGAAGAAAAACCUCUCACAGACGCAUUGCUGAAGAGGAACGGUGACCUUACACCAUCUACAAAUGAGCAGGCAGCUAUCCUGGCUCUAGUGUCAAAGAUCAACACAGUAUUAGACAAUCUCACAAUCACACCAGGAAACUUUGAUGCAGCACAAAUAGAAGAGGUCAGACAAGUUGGACCAUUUAAAAAAGGAACAAUGAUGGCUGGAAAUAAUGUUGCCGAUAUAGUGGUCAUGUUGAAAACUUUACCCACAAAAGAAGCAGUUACUGCCCUUGGAAAUAAAGUUGUAGAAGAUUUGAGAAAUUCAGAGCCCAGGGAAAUUUUGUCCAUGCUAACAAGUGAGACAGGAUUUGAAAUUAGCUCAUCAGAUGCCACAGUCCGGUGCCUUAUCACAACAAUACCACCAAACUUGAAGAAACUGGAUCCAGAUCUUCAUUUGGAUGGUAAAAUCAUGAACAGUCAUCUAGCUGCUAUACGCCACGCUCGCUGGUUCGAGGAAAACGCAUCUCAUUCAAGUAUAAAAGUUCUAAAUAGAUUGCUUCAAGACUUGAAGAACAGAUUUGAAGGAUUCUCUCCCCUUACUCCCUGGAUUAUUGAUCUCUUGUCCCAUUAUGCUAUUAUGAACAAUCCCACAAGGCAGCCUCUUGGAAUAAAUAUAGCUUUCAAGAGAUGUCUACAGAUUCUUGCUGCAGGAUUUUUUCUUCCUGGAUCAGUGGGUAUUACAGAUCCCUGUGAACAGGGUACAGUUAGAGUACACACGGUCAUGACCCUUGAACAACAGGAUCAGGUAUGUUACACAGCACAAACGUUACUCAGAGUACUUAGUCAUGGCGGCUUCAAACAGAUCCUCGGAAUGGAAGGAAAUGCAACUAUAGCUACUGAGAUGAGUGUAUGGGAGGGGGUUGUUGUGACACCAUCUGACAAGGCGUACGAGAAACAGGAGCGGCACGAGGAGGAUGAUGAUGAAGAAGAUGAAGAGGACAUGGAUACAGAGGGGAAGUGAUGACUGAGACAGAUGUGAGAGGAUUUUGUGAAUCAUGCAUAGACAUUUGUUUGUAACUCUUGUCAUGCAAUAUAAAUGAAUUAUGAUUAAUACGUAGACACUUGUUUAAAAGUCUUGUAAUGGAAUGUGAUCGAAAUAGAGAGCAAAUGUCUGUAGAGAAACACGUUAGAUUGAAAUUGUUUAUUCUUUAGAGGUAGUUACUCUUGAGAAGUUAAUUUAUGAAGAAACUGUUCCAGUUUUAAAGAAAAAUCUGACUUUGUAGAGAAAAAAAUAUGCUUUUCCGAGAUGUUGAAAAUAGAUGUUAUAUUUGAUAUUGAACAUUAGUCACUUCAUACUCUGCCAUAGUUGUGUCUAAUGAGAUACAAGUUAAGCUUGAUAAUAUUCAGUAUGUCAAAUUAUCCAGAUAACAUUUUUAAUACAAUGAUUAAUGUUUAAAAUUCUAUUGGCUUAGAUGAUCAAAAACAUUGCAGCACAUAAUGGCCAUAUGUUUCUGUUAAGAUUCAAGGUCCAGGUAGAUGUUUGUAUACAAUUUGUAUAUUUUUUUACGAUUUUAAAUGAGGUUUUAUUUUGCGGGAUUAAUAGAUUUAGUUAAAAAAAUAAAAGUCAUUGUCAAAGCGGUAAUUUGACUUUACACUGUAAAAGUUUUAAGGAACCAAAAUACUAACGAAGGUCGGAUGGUGCCAAUAUUUGCCAUAUAUCUUCUAAAGGAUUUAAAGGGAUGGCUGAUAUACAAAACAUGCUUGUUUAUUUUGAUAAAUUAAUGUGUUUUUUCUUUGCCGAAAUUAUAUCAUACCGAAAAUUGUUUUUGACAAAGCAUUUAGCCAUUAAAGAUACUUCAUGUUCAUUUCCAUCUGAAUUCUUGUAAAUAACAUAAAUCUAACCUGAUGUUUGUCUCAUAUUUGUGAAGCAUUAAUUUAAUUGGUUCCCCUUAGUCACACAGCAAGAAUUUCAUUCACUCGGGCAGCUGAAAUAAUGAGAAUGAGGGUUCUGUAAAAGGGUAUUUUACAGCUUUUUCAAAACAACGAAAUUAACUGUCCAUAAAAAAAUAUAUAAUUGUCCAAGGAUAGCUGAAUUUAGAUAUAGAGUUUGUAGAGAAAAGGAAAAUAAUGAACAUAGUUAUGUUUCUUCACCUAGCCGAUAUUAACAAAAAGAAAAAAAGUUACGUUUUCUCAUGGUACCUUCAGCCAACACUAGGAGUUAGCGCAGUCAGUAUGCUUUACAGCCAGUCAGACUACUUAGAGUAAAAACAACACAGUUAAUCAGCAAAAUGUAUGCACAGCAUAUUUUGCCAGAGGAUCUGUCCUGGCACACAAAUAAAUUGUACAUUUUUCCUAACCCUUUGUUAUGUAAAAUACACCAAGUCGUAUAUUUCUUUUAAAGGUAACUCAUAAUAAUUUCUAACAUGUACUUACAGUUACAAAUACUGUUACAAUUUCUAAUGAUUGCAAUUAUUUACAAUUAUAUUUUCAAACAAUUACAAAGACUUAGUAAUGAAAUCACUUUCAUCAUUUCCAAAAAAAUUGACAUAAAUCUCCAGAGAGAGUCAUUUUGCCUUACAAGGCUUUGUAAUUAUGACUGCAUGAAAUGUUAUUUUGACUCGUGAUUAUUUUGUGGUUUUCUGAAAGAAAAUUGUAUUUACUUAUUUAAUGUAUUAAAACUUGUCAAAACAUUAUCAAA